AUGUCGGUCACAACAUGUACAACGACCGCCACACGGCGAAAACACAUAUCUGGCAAAAGAACCAAUUCGCUAGGAUGGGCCAAGUCAGAUUGCCACACCUGCUCCUCACUCCGCCGCCAUUGUGAUCGACGGAGACCUCGGUGUAGUGCUUGUCUUGCUGAUGGAGUGAUAUGCUCCGGUUAUGUCCAACAAUUGAAUUGGGAACGGGGAUCACUGCGGUUGGGCAAGUCGAAAUCGAAGACACCCUCAACGUGGAAAGAAUCAGAAAACACAAAACCCGAAGAUGCUUCCCCUCAACUCCCCCAGCCGUCCGCAUUCAUUUUCGUGGGUCAGAACGAAUUAGCGGAUCGAUCAAAGAAGAAGCAAAGGAACAAUUCAAAAUCAAGCGGGCCGACGACUCAACACCCCAGCCCGAGGAAUUCCAGAUCGGCGUCGACGAGUUUGGAUCCAAUUUCACCCUCUUCGCCGUCGUCCACAUGGUCGCUAGCAAGGACCAACACGCCUCCAUCGAUAUAUGUCGCUUCAAAUUCAGCUCUCGGCCUCUCUCCUCAGGUAGGGCGACACCCCGGCGAGGUCGAAGAUGCCUUGGCAUUCUACCAUUCGUGCUUCUCUUACAUUACGCUCACUUUUGACGUCCACGUCAAUCCAUGGCAAGCUGUCCUUCCCCAAGUGCACGACGAUAUUCCCUGCGUGCGUUAUGCUGCAAUUGCGCUCGCCCAACGGCAGCAAGCGCAUCUCCGCAACAAAUCCGAAGGCCUUUCCGUUUUGAACUUAAAAACUCACGCUCUUUCCAUCUUCGCCACCCACCUGAACGAACUCUCCUUCGAAUCCGGUAUCAGUACUUCCCUCCUUCUAAUCGCCCUUGAUUACGCAGACACCGGCUUCUCGAAUUGGACCAUUCAUUUACGGGGUGCUUUCCGCAUCCUCGAGUCCAACGGCGGGAUUCGUCUUGCAGAGUCACGUCCCAAUCUAAGAAGUCAGAUCGCCAUGCUCAUCUGGUACGACGUCACUGCUGCAUUGAUCUCGCGUUGCGGACCUACUUUUCCGAGGCGUUAUCUUGAAGCGCUCAUGAUGUGGCAAUCUGAGAACGAAUGGAGCAUCCUGGCCCUGAAUGGCCUCCCUGAUGGAAUGUUCCUGGACAUGUAUGAUAUGGCGAUGGCGGCUGCAGAUCGCGAAUCAGUUUCCCCCGAUACUGUGGCAGUCCUUGAGGCGAAGAUUUUGAACGCCGAGAUCGACGGUCAGGGUAACCAACAUCUAGUCCAGAUGUCUCAGGUCUGGAAAUUAGGGCUUCUUCUGUAUUGUUCGCGCGUUUUUUCCAGGUUUCAAACAUUCUCUUCGCCGGAGGACUGUCCCAUUUUCCAAGAAAUGACAGAUAGUUCCUUGGACGCUGAUCUCUCUCCCUCAUCAAGACUCGACCCUCACGCUUUGUCUCUCCGGAUCCUCAGCAUAGUUGCCGACCUACCAUCACACAGCAAUUUCCAGAAACAGUGCCUCCUGCCCAUUAUUCUCGCCGCCUGCGAGAUGUCAGCCGCUGAAUGGGAGUACAGGAAGAUUGCGGUGGAAUAUUCAGAACGGUGGAAACAAAAGACUGGUAUCUGGAUCUUUGACUCCGGUCUCGAAUUUAUGAGAGGUGUAUGGGCCAAGAAUGAUGCUGUCGGGGACGCUCAGGAAGAGGGAGCUAAUGAAGAAGCACGAGAGGGUAUAACCGUGCCUUGGACAGAGAUCUACCCGUCUGGUAUUGAAUAUGGCUUUCUUUUUGGAUAA